UAUUACGCAGUAAAUAUGGGUCAGAGAGAAGAAGACACAGUGUCGUGCCUUAACCUCCUCACCUACCACAGAGAGCUGCUGGUGUCCAGGCUGAGGAGUAUUCAGUGCAUCCUGGACAACCUGUUAGCCUGUGACUUCGUCUGUGAAGAGGAUGUUGAGAUCGUCCAGCGAACUGCCACCAAGCCAGAUCAGGUGCGCAAAAUCUUGGAGCUGGUCCAAUGCAAAGGGGAGGAGGCCUGUGAAUACUUUAUUUACAUCAUAUAUAAAGUAUGCGAUGCCUACAUAGACCUGCAGCCAUGGUUGAAAGACAUCAAGUACAACCCAAGCAGCGAUGUAUCGCUAAUGACAGUGGUUAACACAGAUCCCAUCAGCAGGUAUAGUAAGAAGUUGAGGCAGGACAUGAGCCGGGAAACCUGCUUCAUCAUGUCAUACGGCCAGAGAGAGGAGACCCGUCUGGAGGACCUGUACACAGACACACUGAUGGAACUGCUGAACGACCGCAAUGAGAGUCUGGGCUUCUUGGAGAGUCUAGACCAGCUGCUGAAAGACCAUGCGGUCUUCAAUCCAGAAGGUGAAACUAUCUGUGUGAUGGGGGAUGCCGGUGUGGGAAAAUCCAUCCUCUUGCAGAAGCUCCAGAACCUCUGGUCCAAAAAAGAGCUGCAGACGGACACCAUCUUUUUCUUCAAGUUCCGCUGUAGGAUGUUCAGCGUCUUCAAGGACACAGAGCAGAUCUCCCUCCGAGACCUUUUGUUCAAGUACAAUUGCUUCCCAGAUCACGAUCCAGAUAAUGAGGUGUUUGAUUACAUCCUGCGCUUCCCCGAGAAGGUUCUUUUCACAUUUGAUGGCUACGACGAGAUUCAGAUAAACGAUCUGAUGAAUUCUCCUGAAGUGGUGUCACCGGAAGACAAGGCUCACCCCCUCCAGCUGCUCAUCAGUCUGCUCUGUGGGAAACUACUCCAGGGUUCCCAGAAGGUACUGACGGCCCGGACAGGCACUGAGAUCCAGAGUAGGGUGAUCAAAAAGAGGGUGGCUUUACGGGGGUUUUCCCCAGCUCAUCUCAAGACCUACAUCAACCUACACUUCAAGGAGCAGGAACAUCGAGAGCUUGUGUCCAUUCAACUGGAUGCUAGCCCCCACCUGUGUGGCCUCUGCUCCACCCCGUUGUUCUGCUGGAUCGUAUUUAAGAGCUUUAGGCACCUGCACUCUAUGCAUGAUAGUUUUCAACUGCCUGAAACCUGCAUCACACUCACGGACAUCUUCCUGCUGCUGUCUGAGGUAUUCCUCAGCCGCUCUGCCUCACCUGCACCUUCCCUGCUGAAGAAAAGCACUCGGUGUGCCUCCGAGACUUUCAAAGCAGGGCUCAGGCCUCUCGCAGCAUUUGCCAAACUUGCACUUCAGAUUAUGGAGAGAGGUAGCUUCAUUUGCACCCAAGAGGAGAUGACUGCAUGCGGUCUGAUAGAAGAGGACCUGACGUUGGGCUUUCUGAGACCUGUCAGUGAGCACAGUGAUAGUGGAAGCCCUUCUACAUUUGAAGUCCUCCAUAUCACCCUCCAGUCUUUCCUGGCCGCAUUUGCUCUGGUGUUGGAUGAGCAGGCUGCUCCCAGCUCCAUCCUCAAGUUCUUCACAGAGUGUAGCAGGAAAAAAAGAACAUCCUGUUUUCCUUUUGACUCCUGCAUCAGCGACUCCUCAAAACCCAGUGAAAAGAAGCCGUUCACGAACAAUGAACACCUCCAGUUCACUAAUCUGUUCUUGUGUGGACUGCUGUCCAAGGCUAAAACCAGCCUCAUGGAGCAUCUUGUAUCUCCUGUGUUACUAAAGAAAAAACGAGCCCUACUGAAAUCCUACCUUUCCACCAGUGUAAAGUCCCACCUCCAUGGUUUACCCCACUACAGCGGUGAAGAGGGCAAGAAAGUCCACGUUUUGCCCAACUUCCUGUGGAUGCUGAGGUGCAUCUUUGAGACAGGGAGCAAAGACAUCGCUCAGAUGACAGCCAAAGGCAUCACAGCGAGUUUCAUCAAGCUGGGUUACUGUGAUGUGCAUUCGGGUGACUGCACUGCCCUGAACUUUGUCCUACAGCACCGUCAGAAGCUCCUGGGCCUUGACAUGGACAACAACAACGUCAGUGACUACGGGGUGAGCCAGCUGAGGCCGUCCUUUUGUAAAAUGACAGUAGUAAGAUUGAGCGUCAAUCACCUGUCUGACAGCAGCAUCAAGGUUCUUGCAGAGGAGCUGUGUAGGCACAAAGUUGUGGAGUACCUCGGGCUUUACAGCAAUCACAUCACAGACGUUGGAGCCAAGCUAGUCGCUCAGAUCAUUGAGGAAUGCCCGAAGCUGCGAGUUGUAAAGAUCGGUAAGAACAACAUCACUAGUGUUGGUGGGGGGUAUUUGGCUCGAGCCAUUCAGAAGAGCACUUCGAUAUAUGAUGUGGGAGUCUGGAAUGUGGGGAACAGCAUCGGAGAUGAGGGAGCACAAGCGUUUGCGGAAGCUCUGAGGCACCACCCACAGCUUACAAACCUCAGUCUCUCAGCCAAUGGCAUUACAUCUGAAGGUGGGAAGUGUCUGGCAGAGGCGCUGAAAGAGAACAGCGUCCUCAGGAUAUUCUGGUUGGUGCAGAAUGAGUUAACUGAUGAUGCAGCUCCACAUUUGGCUGAGCUGGUCCAAGCGAACACAGGUUUACUCCAUCUCUGGUUAAUCAGCAACCAGUUCACUGUGGAGGGGAUCAGAAAGUUUGCUGAGGCUCUAACUCACAACACAAAGCUCCAAGAGAUAUGUGUGAAAGGAAACAAGCUCUCUGAGGAGGAAGAGAAACAGUUUGUGGAAGAGAAGCGGCUGCGGUUCCACUGACUGGGCACUCACGUGAGACGUGCAUGCACUGAGGUAUGUCGGUAUGGCAGAAAACAUAUAGUGUGUGUUCACUGUAUGCAUGCAGUGUGUUAGCAAAAUGAUUUGCUACAGUAUUUUCUGCAGAGAUUUCACUCGUGUGUACCUCUGUGGCUGUGGAC